CGCGGGUGAUGCGAGUCUCACUGCUCACACACGGACAGUCUCCCAGUUUCCCACCAACGCAUUACGCAUCGCUUGCUUUAAUAAACUGCAAUCUAAAUCUCUCCCCUAUCAUUUGUCGUCUUUUUACUCUGCACGGGAAUGGCGAGAGAGCUUCUGCAACUUUAUCUGCUGCUGCUCCUCCUCCUUCCUCCUUAACAACGGAAUCCUUUUGCACUUCCUCUGCUCAUCCCCAAGUUUGCUUUCUCUCAUCUGUCUUCCCCGACCGCAUUUUAAAUUCCUUCGAUCUCUUUAAAUCUUCAUCCCUAAGGUUGUCCGCAAAAUGUAGCGAAGGAAACAAGUUAUGAUUAUUGAUCUUAGUCAUUCAUUAAUUCCUCUAUGGCGUUCUACCUACACCCUCCACAAUUAGCUCCUUGUCCUAUGGCGUCCGCCUAUUCCGGUCGUACUGUUGAACGGUGUUCUACCUACACCCUCCACAAUUACUGUUUCUUUCCUCUUGGGAAUAUUAUUGGUCCCUUUUUUACCAGCAAAAUCAGAUAUUGGAAUCAUUUUGUGCUUGAAGUGUGGAAUUGACAACCCAAUUAAUCAACCUCGAUUAUUCCACCUUGAGAGACAAAUAAGUAGGAUUAAAUGCCGCAUAAUCAUAUUUAUUGGAUACUUGAUGGUUAAAAGAUUGGCUAAACUAGCUUCAUGAUUACACAUUAAGUCUCUUCUGUCUUUUCUUUUUCCAAUUCACACACGCACGCACGCACACAUUUUUGGUUAUAGAGCACUGCUACGAAUUUCUUCAUGGUGAAUAAUUACAAUGAUAUCGCCUUCAUCUUUCCCAGACAUCACUAUAUUCCAUUAUCUAUCUUCGUGACCUUGUUUUCUUUCGUUUAAUUUUUUUCCCCUAACUUUCUAGUACAAUUUUAUAACUAUCCUCUUCUGCCCCGUUCCCAUGUUUUUUAAAAAUGAUCUAACAUUCUGGAUUUGAACUUUACACAGUGGAGGAAAAUUUUAUUACUGAUCACAUGGAGCAGUAUGAAAUACUUGAGCAAAUUGGAAAAGGUGCUUUUGGCUCUGCUCUUCUCGUGCGGCAUAAGCAUGAGAAAAAAAAAUAUGUGCUGAAGAAAAUUCGCCUUGCUCGCCAAACUGAGCGGUCUCGUAGAUCUGCACAUCAGGAGAUGGAGUUAAUCUCUAAAUUAAAAAAUCCAUUUAUUGUCGAGUAUAAGGAUUCCUGGGUAGAAAAGGGGUGCUAUGUGUGCAUUAUUAUAGGUUAUUGUGAGGGGGGAGAUAUGGCAGAAGCUAUAAAGAAGGCUAAUGUUUUUUUUCCUGAGGAGAAACUUUGUAAGUGGCUUGUUCAACUUCUUAUGGCCCUAGACUACUUACACCUGAACCAUAUUCUUCAUCGUGAUGUCAAGUGUUCAAAUAUAUUUUUGACGAAAGAUCAAGACAUACGCCUUGGUGAUUUUGGACUUGCAAAAAUAUUGACUUCAGAUGAUCUUGCUUCCUCGGUUGUUGGAACUCCUAGUUACAUGUGCCCUGAGCUCUUGGCUGAUAUUCCUUAUGGUUCUAAAUCAGAUAUUUGGUCCUUGGGAUGCUGUGUAUAUGAAAUGGCAGCUCAUAGGCCUGCAUUUAAAGCAUUUGAUAUACAGGCACUAAUCAACAAGAUUAACAAGUCUAUAGUGGCUCCACUCCCAACAAAGUAUUCUGGUGCAUUUCGGAGUCUUGUUAAAAGCAUGCUGCGGAAAAAUCCUGAGCUUAGACCUAGUGCUGCGGAGCUGCUUGGCCACCGGCAUCUUCAACCUUAUGUUCACAAGAUCCAUCUAAAGCUUAACAGCCCCAGGCGAAGUACACUACCAGUUCAUUGGUCAGAAUCCAACUACGUGAAGAAAACUAGAUUUCUGGAGUCAGAAGAUGAUCCUGUUUCAAUCUACAGAGAUAAGCAACAUUCUUUUGGCAAUGAUCUGACUCUUAAUCCCAGCCUAUCUGGAGCUGAGCAAGAUUCUGUAUGCUCUACCCUAGAAAUAGAUUGUACUCCAGAUAAUUUGAAUCAGAAGUCUGCAGAAGUAUAUAUUGGAGAUAGCCUCGAGGUGAAAUCAGUCUGUAAGCCUGUUGUUUCAAGGACAUCUAGUUUCACCAAGACUCCAAGACAUGCCUCCAUAAAGGCUUCUACCACCUCUAAGAAAUUAAUGGAGCCCCAAAAAAAGCACAUGUCGCUUCCUACUCUACGCAAAGCCAGACAAUCAGUCAAUACAUCUCGCAGAGCAUCAUUUCCAUUGCACACAAGAAGUUCUGGUCAACACUCUCGGCAUGGGCCUGUUAUUGGUUUACUUAGCCAUAUAAAGUCUCCAGAUAUUUCAGUAAACUCUCCUAGAAUUGAUAAGAUAGCUGAAUUCCCACUGGCGUCAUAUGAGUAUCCACUUUUUCCCAUCUAUAGAACUCCAACCUCAGUGCAGGGUUCCUCAGGCUCCACACCUUUUGGUGGUCGUUCAAUCAUGAAAGAUAAAUGCACGGUUCAAAUAUGUGAUAGAGCCUCUGUCAAGCAUCGAUUGACAGAUUCAUGGCAGGGAAUCAAGCUAAACACGUUUCGGGAAAAUGCUGAGGAUAAAAGUGGCUCCUCUGAUCAAAAUGCAACUGUUGGAGCAUCAAGCCAUGCCUCGUCAGACAUGUGCCGCCGGCAGUUUGACACCUCAUCAUACCAGCAAAGGGCUGAAGCGUUGGAAGGGUUGCUUGAAUUUAGUGCAAGAUUGCUACAACAUGAAAGGUAUGAAGAACUUGGGGUUUUAUUGAAACCAUUUGGACCAGGGAAGGUCUCUCCUAGGGAAACUGCUAUCUGGUUGAGUAAGAGCUUCAAAGAGAACACUCAACCGUGAAGAAUCCCUCUAAUCUGGCGUUUUGAGCACUUUAGUCAUAGAUGUGACUAUUUGGAGCGUUCCUUUUUUUUUUUUUUUUUUUCAAAUCUCCCAUACCAUGGUAGCAUUUAAACGACUUCUGAUUUUUGUAGGUUAUCCUUAACGGAUUUCUUCAUUCAA